AUGGAUGAUGUGUUAGAUCUUCACCAGUGGUAUGGUUGUUGUGUUAGUUCUCCACCAGUGAUGUCCACCAGUGGUAUGGUUAUUGUGUUAGAACUCUACCAGUGGUAUGGUUGUUGUGUUAGAUCACCAUCAGUGUUCUCCACCAGUGGUAUGGUUGUUGUGUUAGUUCUCCACCAGUGGUAUGGUUGUUGUGUUAGUUCUUCACCGUUGUUCUCCACCAGUGGUAUGAUUGUUGUGUUAGAUCACCACCAGUGGUAUGGUUGUUGUGUUAGUUAUCCACCAGUGGUAUGGUUGUUGUGUUACAUCUUCACCAGUGGUAUGGUUAUUGUGUUAGAUCUCCACCAGUGGUAUGAUUAUUGUGUUAGUUCACCAUCAGUGGUAUGGUUGUUGUGUUCUCCACCAGUAGUAUGGUUAUUAUGUAAGAUCUUCACAAAUGGUAUGGUUGUUGUGUUACAUCUUAACCAGUUAUAUGGUUGUUGUGUUAGUUCUCCACCAGUGCUGUUAAUCCUUCAAUCGUUGUCUGGAGUCAGUCCUUAUAUUGAUGUGUGCUCAGCCUACUGCAACGCCAGCAUGUUCAGUAGCUGUACGUGCAUAAAGAACAAUACAAUGUUGGUGUGUGAGGGAAAGUCUCUCGGAAUCUUCUUAGAAAUGAAUGUGAAGAAAUCAAAUCUCAACAGCAGUUGUUCUAUUUCUUUCAGUCAAACUUAUGAAAAUGUUGGAUUUUGUCGAACAGAACUUAAUAGUUUGGAAACUUUGCUAGGAGACCACAAUACGGAAGGGAGUACGAUGAAGUUUUAUUUUCCGGAUAGUGAUUCACAUAAUAAACCCCAAGUAAAUUUCAAUGUGAGCUGUAAUAAGCAUGAAAAUUACACACAGAUUUUAAAACUAGAAAAAGUGUCUAGUACUAAACCUCCAGCAUCUAAUCAUACAAUAAGGCUUAAAAGCAACAGAACAAGUUUAUGGGUUGACGCUGUAAUUCAGGUUUACUAUGACUGUCAUUCUGGUAAAAACCAAAUUUGUAACGAAUAUGGUCACGUAGUUUGUGCGCCAGGUUACUAUGGUGAUCGUUGUCAGCGUUACUGCAAUUCCUCUGAUUUUGAGAACUGUAAUUGCAGUACAGACGGUAACCUUACAUGUCAGAGGAAACCCGGUGGAGUCUUUUUUGAAAUUCAAUUAGUAAAAACACAUAUUCCAGAAAAUGCAUUGAACGUUAUAUAUGACCUUACUAUUCAACAAAGCUACCUUAAUGUCAUGUUCCACGAAAUGACGUAUUCGCCCGUCACGCUUCACCAGACACCUGACCUGAGCAUGCUGGGAUUUACCAAUAACACGCUGAGCUUCUACUAUUCAGACUUUAACAGUUUUGAACAAGCCGAAUGGAACUUGUUUGGAAAACGGCACAUUCAUUUGUGA